AUGAAGCUCACUCGAACUGCCACUGCUGUUGCGUCGCUGUCGUCAAUCGUGGCCGGGUUGGACAAUAAACCCACAAUCGACUCGACAGCGCUCCAGGCGGAAAUCACGACAGAAGGUUUGUGGGCCAACCUCGUGGCUCUAGACGAAAUUGCAUCGGCGAAUGGCGGCAACCGUGCCUUUGGACUGCCCGGCUACGCGGCGUCGGUCGACUACGUGUGGAACCGCGUCUCUAAUAUCACUGGGACUAAGGCGUGGAAGCAAGACUUCACAGCCCUAUUCAGCCGCGUCGAGUCCAUCGAGCUGAAAGUUGACGGCGAAGGCAUCUAUGUCUACGGCUUGACGUUCUCGCCGUCCACCAGUGCCGCGGGCCUCACGGCGGAGGUGGUUCACGGGCCAGAGGGCGUGGCAGGCUGCGACGCAGCCUCUUACGACGGGCUGGACGUGUCGGGUAAGAUUGUGCUGGUCCAGCGAUGGCGUUGUUUGACGGGGGGCACACUUGCCGGCCGGGUGCUUCCGGCUGCGCGUGCAGGCGCCGCCGCUGUCCUCAUCUACAACGACCAAGCCGCGAAUGCUACUGCCGGCACGCUGAGCGCGCCGAACCCGGAGUUCGUCCCAGCCGGCUUCAUCAACCAGGACGAUGGGCUGCGCAUCAAACAGCUGCUUGACGCUGGUGGAGCUGUCCAGGCCUACUUCCAGCAGACGCAAAGUAUCGAGAACCGGACGACGCAGAAUAUCCUGGUCGAGACCGAGGACGGCGACCCAGACAACGUGAUCGUGCUUGGGGCGCACCUGGAUAGCGUGCAGGCGGGCCCGGGCAUCAACGACGACGGCUCCGGAACCAGCCUGCUCCUGGAGCUCUUCCGCGGCACGAUCAAGUACCAGACAAGAAACAAGGUGCGCUUUGCGUGGUGGGGCGCCGAGGAGAACGGCCUGGUCGGGUCGAGGGCGUACUGCACAAGCCUGGCCGCCGACGAGGCCGACCGGAUUCUCGCCUACCUCAACUUUGACAUGGUGUCCAAAGGCUACUUUGGCGUGGGCGACGGCGACGGCAGCACGCAUGGCAGCGUGGCGCCGGCGGGGUCCGACGUCAUCGAGCGCAUCUACGUCGACCACUUUGAGAGCCAGGGGUUGGUUGUCACGCCCGCCAUCAUCACCAACGGCAGCGACUACGCGUCCUUUUGGCAGGUGCUGGGCAAGCCGUUUGGCUUCCUCAACACGGGCACGGGAGCCGCGCAGGACCCGUGCUAUCACCAGGCGUGCGACACCAUCAACAAUCCUGAUCCGAGGACGAUUACCAUCGAAGCCCGCGCUGCGGCGCAUAUGCUUUCCAUUCUGUCAUUGAACGGCACAUUGCUCAUUCCAAAGACACAUCACAACGCCACUCUUCAAAGUAGAACAGCUGAAAACUAUUUCAACCACGACCACGACCACGAAAUGUAG